AUGUCCGUCACCGCAGAUACGACCACCGGAAUUUCUGCUACCUACAACUGUUACCAGGAAAUCAGAUCCUUUGAUGAAUCAAAAUCCGGUGUCAAAGGCCUCGUCGAUGCUGGCAUCACCAAAAUACCGCGAUUUUUCAUCCGGCCACCGGAGGAUAUCGCCGCCGCCUGCCAAAAUUCCGGCGAAUUGACCGAUACCCAAUUCACCAUUCCUGUCAUAGACCUUAAGAACAUUGAGAAUAGAAGAGCUGAGGCGGUGGCCAGAGUUGGGCGGGCAGCAGAGGAAGUGGGGUUCUUCCAGGUGGUGAACCAUGGUAUGGAAAAUAGGGUGUUGGAGGAGAUGUUAGAGGCGGUGCGCGGGUUCCACGAGCAGCCAAGUGAAGUAAAGGAGGAGUACUAUAGCAGAGAGAUGAUGAGGAAGGUGAAGUAUGUUAGUAAUUUUGAUUUGUACCAGUCAAAGUAUGCUAAUUGGAGGGAUACUUUGUUUUGUGUUAUGGGACCAGACCCACUUGAUCCAAAAGAGUUGCCUCUAGUUUGCAGAGAUAUAAUAAUGGAGUAUUCAAACAAAGUUUGCAAAUUAGCGACAGUUUUGUUUGAGUUACUAUCUGAGGCAAUUGGACUCAAGCCUGAGCACCUCAAAGAGAUGGAUUGUGCGAAAGGACAUGCUCUCCUGAGUCACUAUUAUCCAGCAUGCCCGGAGCCAGAGUUGGCGAUUGGCACCACAAAGCACUCUGACCCUGAUUUCCUCACCAUCCUACUUCAAGACUAUAUCGGUGGACUCCAAAUUUUUCAUCAGAAUCGUUGGAUAGAUGUUCCCCCUGUUCAUGGAGCUCUAGUCCUUAUAUCUAAUGACAAGUUCAAAAGUGUAGAGCACAGGGUGUUGGCCAAUCGUAUUGGCCCUAGAGUAUCUGUGGCUUGCUUCUUCACUCCACAUCUUUACCCAUCAACAAGAAUGUAUGGCCCAAUCAAGGAAUUGCUGUCAGAAGAAAAUCCCCCUAUAUACUGUGAAACCACUGUGAAAGACUUUACUGCCUACUAUGAUUCAAAAGGACUAGAUGGGAAUUCUGCUCUUCCACACUUCAAGCUGUGA